GCAAUUUUUGCGCAUGUGCCGUAGCAGACGUAAUCAAAGUUCUCUAAAUUUUCAAUUCUUGCCAAUUGUUAUCUUUCGGUCAUUUACCAAAGAAAAAUAUGCAAAACAUAAUAGAGGAUUUUGAAAAAAAUGGCUAUGCUGUAAUCGAUGAUUUUCUGGCUGAAGAUGAAAUUCAGUCGCUGAGGACAGCUUGUCAUGAACUUGUAGAAGAUAUGAAUCCAAAUGAGCACAAAACUGUGUUUUCCACUAUAAAAAUAACCCACGGAGACGAUUAUUUUCUAACUAGCGGAGACAAAAUUCGCUAUUUUUUCGAAGAAGGAGUCUUCAAUGAAGAUGGCAAUCUGAAGUAUGAUAAACAUGUAUCUUUAAACAAAAUCGGACACGCCCUACACGUACUGAGUCCAGAAUUUCGUAAAGUCACUUUUAGUGAUAAAAACUUGGCAAGAGCGAUAAAUCUUAAAGAUCCCGUCAUUCCCCAAAGCAUGUACAUUUUUAAGCAACCAAAAUUCGGCGGCGCAGUUAUCCCGCACCAAGACGGCACAUAUUUAUACGCGGAACCUAUGAAAGUAGUUGGAAUGUGGAUUGCCCUUGAAGACGCAACCUUAGAAAACGGAUGCCUUUGGUUUGCACCAGGGUCUCACAAAUGCGGCUUGUACGGUAAUUAUAGGUCUGUGAGAAAUCCGGAAUGGCCUGCCAAGGAUGGAAGUAGUUCCGUUAUAUACGAAGGAACUAAGCCCAACUACGAUGAACAUACAUGGAAACCAGUCCCCGUCAAAAAAGGAAGUUUAAUCGUUAUUGAUGGGUUAGUUGUUCACAAAAGUGAAAGAAACACUUCCGAAAGAUCUAGACAUAUUUACACAUUUCAUAUGGUUGAGAAUAGCUCUAAGUGGAGUGAACGUAAUUGGAAAAAAGUGUCCUUUGCUCAAACUGAUUUUGUGUACUUUAGUUUAUCUGAACAGUUGAAAAUGCCGCAUUCUAAGAAUGUACCAAAAACACCUUCGCCAGCUAUAAAUAACAUGCUGAGCGAAAGAUGCGGUAAAAGGUAUGACAACCCGAUCAAGGAAGGAUUAGCCAACUUCAUCCUGAUUAUUUUCACCCUUAUUACAAAGAUUUAUGGAUAUCUACAUCCUAAUAAGAGCUACGCUUCACAUCGUUAUUGGAUUAUAUCUUGUUCAAUAAUAUCUUUCGCUCUUAUUGUUUUAGUAAUCCUAGCAUAUCAACUGCUGAUCUGGUCGGCUUUUCUUCUACACUCUAUCCUAUAUUACUUUGCUUAUCUUUUCUGCCUAUUUGGAGCCGGUCUGGGUGUGGCCGGUAUGGUAUUCUUUGAUAAAGGAGCAAAGGCUAGCGAGGGAUUUGACAAGCGUGCUUCCGAAGUUGGAUCGUCCGUCAGAGAUCACGUCCAAAAAUUUAACUGA